AAUGUGCUAUGCUCAGCCCGGCUACGCCGCAGGGACAUGGCCACCCGCUGCCUCUCCCUGCCGAGCUGCCGGGGUGGGGGUUCCCCCUCCCAGCGCCAGACCCAGGCGGCCCCGCUCCCCGGCCCCGCUCCGCGGCCUCGCUCCCGGCAGGGCCCGCCCCGGCCGCGGCCCCGGCCCCUCCCGGCGGAAGCGGCUGUUGCCCAGGAGCGUGGCGGGGACGGGCCGGGCCAGGCCGGGCGUUCGGCUGCCGGUCCCAGGCCAGGCCCAGGCUGCGGCCUCCUCGGCUCGGGCCGAGCGUCUCUGCGGCCUCCCGCGUGGUGGCUGGUUUCCGUGGCGGAGGCAGAGCGACGGUAGGAUGUGUGAAGGGCCAUCCAGGAUUUCUGGACCCAUUCCUCCAGAUCCUACGCUCUUUCCAAACUAUUAUAAACGCCCCUUCUCAGCUCGAGGGAGGCUGGAAGGGAAUGCUGGGAAGCUGGAUUUUACUUUUGGCUCCCUGGACCCAGUUCCCAACCCAUACCCUGCUUUGGGCAGUGCCCGUCAGGCCCAGCCAGCCCCGCGUAUUCGCCCCAGUGGAAGGGACUUCUUGGAGAAGGGACAGAAGGGGACGCUUAGUCUCUUACUGCAGCUCGAAGGUCUCUCCCUUGACGGGGAGCUCCCGGUCAAGAGAAAAGAGUCCAAGGACCACGAGAAGGAAAAUGUGAGGCGAAUAAAGGAGAUUCAGAAGAAGUGCAAAGAGAAGGAGCAAGCCCAAGCGCGGAGCCAGCCCAAGCCUGUGAAAGCUCUGUGGAAAUCGCAGAAAUACGAAAACGUGGAGUCAAAGGUGAAAGCCAAACUGCAGGAGAGUUCCCCACCUCCAAAACCAGAGGCUCUGAAAUUCCUGAGGGCAUAUUCUCGCUGUGGCCCAGGGAUCAAGCCGUGCAGACCGCUUUCCCCAAGGCCUGCCAGAAUGAAAGGAGGGGCAGACACAGAGGCUCCAGAGGCAUUGGGUGCCGAAACCCAGAUCCAGGUGGACGGCAAGAGCAUUGACUUCAUUAAGCACAACGCCUGCAACGCCAAGCGGGCCUCGCUGCGGCGCUCCCAGUCCCUGCAGGCGCUGGCCGAGCUGCUGGAACAGAAACACCGGGAGCAGGAGGAAUACAAUGCCAAGCAGAAGGGCCACGUCCCCCAGUACCUGCUGGAGAGGAAGGAGCAGUGGCGCAGACAGAUGGAGGAGCGGCUGCAAAACCUGCCAGAUCCCGACACGCCACCUGGUCAUACCAUGAUGCCAGAGGGCCAGCGGCUGGAGACCCUCGGCAAUCUGAAGCAGAGCCAAGAGCACCUGCUAAAGGACCUGGUGAUGCUGCCGGUGCGUGCAGAUACCCUCAGCAUGCAGAAGAGGCGGGUAGAGCUGGAGAGGAAGCUCUCACAGAUAGAAGAGGCCAUCAAAAUUUUCUCGAGGCCCAAGGUCUUCAUCAAGCUGGACUCCUGAGCCAGCGGGGCUGGGUGUGUUGUGCUGCUCCGCCUGAACAUCCAUCAUCGCUGGAAGGGACGAUCAUCGCUUUGGGAGGGAAGGAGAGGAAGGGACGUUGAGGACCCUGGGCUCAUGCAGGUGCUGAUACAGUGGCCAACGUGCAGACAGCAUCUUUUGCUCACCCCCCAGUGUUGUGCCUUGUCCAGGGAAAAGGGAGGAAAAUGCCCUAAUUCAGUCUCGGCUGUGCAGUGUGGAGAACCUGAGUUCUCAGAGAUCAGCUCUCUGCCCUGGAUCCAUGGCAUCGCCUCUUAUUUUCACAUUUUUUCCCACUUCUAGAAACUGGCAGGAGGUCUCCUGUGCUGUUGCCUGUGGUGUUCCUUGUCCCCCUCUUUCUCCUAAGCCAGGCCAUGGUCAUGGCUCAUUCUGGGCACCUGCAGACUUGGCUGCACACAAACCUCAUGUGUGCCCCAGUCCUAAGCACUGACCUGUCCGGCUCACGCAGCCGGUGUCUCUGCACCUUCUGACCUGCUGGCUGGGCUCAGCAGCUCAGGGACAGCUUGGGGACAACACAGGGAGGUGCGGAGCUUCAGUCCUUCCCACCCAGAGAAGAGCCGGGCUGGCUGCAGGGGAGCUGGCUGCAGGGGAAUGUGGCAGGAUGUCUGGAGAAGCCUUUGUUGCCUGUGGGGCAGGACAUGCUCCAAUAAAGCAUCGUUUCCCUCUUC